AAUAAUUAACCACUAGAUGUGCGCUGCUCGUCACGUCCGGGCGGGAAACCCCUUCAGCUGCGUCAGUGACGUCACGCGCAGGCGUCCACCAGCCCUGGACAUCAUGAGUGCAGAUGAAGCCCGCCGUGCCCCUUCUCCUCCUCACCCUGCUCACCGUCGCAGGGCAGAGCCGAGCCCAGGUCGGGACCUCCCUCCUGGAUUUGACCAACAGCAUCGGGAGCAUCCUGCCCGGCCUCAGCCGCCCGGCGAACCACAGCCGCAUCUUUUAUGCAGUGAUGUUUGAUGCAGGGAGCACAGGCACACGCAUCCACGUUUACACCUUCAUCCAGCGUGACUCAGAGGAGCUGCCUGUUUUGGACAAUGAGAUGUUCCAUUCCAUAAAGCCCGGUUUGUCAGCAUACGCUGACUCCCCUGAAAUGGCGGGACACACAGUGAGGAUGCUUUUGAAGGUGGCCAAGAGGACCGUGCCCCGCCUGGAGUGGAAGAGGACCCCGGUGGUCCUCAGGGCCACCGCCGGCCUCCGGCUGCUGGCCACGCAGAAAGCUCGGGGUAUUCUGGACCAGGUUCAACAUGUGUUUGAUGAAUCUCCCUUUUUGGUGCCAGACAACAGCGUCACUAUAAUGAAUGGCACAAAUGAAGGAAUCCUGGCUUGGAUCUCUGUGAACUUUCUGACAGGUUACCUGAAUGCACAAAGUAAGAAGACGGUGGGAAUAUUGGAUUUGGGUGGAGGAUCUACGCAAAUCACUUUCCUGCCUAAACUGAGGAAAACCAUUGAAAGUGUCCCCGUCACCGAUUACUUUGCCAGAUUUGACUUCUUCAACUCCACAUUCGAAUUGUACACAUACAGUUAUCUGGGAAAUGGACUAAUGGCAGCGCGACUGGCCACGCUGGGCGCUCUGGGUGCAGAAGGGUUGGAGUGGCGGAUUUUCAAAAGUUCCUGCCUGCCAAAGAAAUUCCGGGAUGAAUGGAGCUUUGGAGGGAUAACCUAUCAUGUGAGCGGGGACCCAGAGGGUUACACGGGAUUCAAGCUCUGUUAUCAAGAAGUACUGAAGGUGGUGAAGGGCAUUAUUCAUCAGCCGUAUGAGCUCGAAGGCAGCAAUGUUUUCUAUGCAUUCUCCUAUUACUUUGACAGAGCUGUGGAUGCCGGCCUUAUCGAUGGCGUCCAAGGCGGGAUGCUGCAGGUCAGAGACUUCAAGAUGAGAGCUAAAGAGGUGUGCAAUAAGAUGACCAAGUACCCACCCAUCAGUCCGUUCCUGUGUAUGGACAUGGCCUACAUCACUUGUCUGCUCAAGGAUGGAUUUGGCUUUAAGGAGAGCACCGUGCUGCAGUUGACCAAGAAAGUGAACAAUGUGGAGGCGAGCUGGGCUCUGGGUGCCAUACUGGACCACUUCCACAACCUGAGGAUCCACUGAGAGACACACACACACUGCUGAUUUAGGUGACGGCUCAAUAGCAGACGCGAUAAGUAACGGGGACUACCUCAUCUACACCUGCUGUUUGUUUCAUAUGGGCCGGAGUAGUCUGGUGUUAAUGUAUAUUGAUCUGUAAAUGGGUGAUGAAAGUUAAGUGGAGCACUGGAGGUUGAUGUUUGAGUGACAAAUGUUAACAAUAACACAGUGCAGUGAAUGCAGCUUUAAACAUUACUGGACACAGUUUGUUUAGAUAUUGUUUAGAGAUAUUAGGGUGACUUGGCCAGUUUGUGCCGCGCAAGACCAGUGUUUACAUGCAGCAAUAUGAAAUACUGUGCUUUAGUAGUUUCUUAAUUAUUACUUAUACGGAUAAUGGGAUUUACAUAUGUCUAGUACAUUUAAAUAAGUGGCACUGACUGUUCAUUUGAGACCAUCACUGCAUUUCAACCUCUGUUUACAAUGAUUAUGCAAUAUGCACAGAACAAUGCAUGGUCAUUAUAUUAUCAUAAACUUUUAAAACCC